GUCACCUGACCCUAAGUCCGGUAGACAUGGCGUCUUGCCUGCUUGCGGGUGAUCGGCUGGUGCGCGCUUUGGCUCCCGGUGGGGAGCUGGAGCCAGAGCAGCUGCCCCGGAAGCUGCGUGCAGAACUGGAAGCCGUGCUGGGGGAGAAGCACAAGGACGGUGAUUUUCCCAGUGGCCCCUCGCGCCUGGUUCCCUUCCGCCUGAUCCGAGAUCUGCAUCAGUACCUGAGAGAGACGGGUUCCACACUAUACCUUCAUGAGCUCCUAGAAGGCAGUGAAAUCUAUCUCCCAGAGGUUGUGAAGCCUCCUCGGAACCCAGAACUAGUUGCCCGUUUGGAGAAGAUUAAGAUACAGCUGGCCAAUGAGGAAUAUAAGCGGAUCACAUACAAUGUCACCUGUCAGGAUUCAAGGCAUGGUGGGACUCUUAGUGACCUGGGAAAGCAAGUGAGGUCAGUGAAAGCGCUGGUCAUCACCAUCUUCAACUUUAUUGUCACGGUGGCAGCUGCCUUCGUCUGCACUUACCUUGGAAGUCAAUAUAUCUUCACAGAAAUGGCCUCACGAGUACUAGCUGCAUUGAUCGUGGCCUCCGUGGUGGGCCUGGCCGAGCUGUAUGUCAUGGUGCGGGCGAUGGAAGGCGAGUUGGGAGAGCUUUAACUCGUGGUUCAUUGUCAAAGUCUGGAGCAGGUUUUGGGGGACUUCAGGCUCCCAGCUGCCUGACUCAGAGUCAACCUAUCAGGCUCUUUGUCCAUAACUCCGGUUAGUCAGAGAGCUGUACCAAGGCUGUUCCUGCCGGAGCUCUGUCCUCUGUCAGUUUCCAGAGGGGCAGGAAAAGAGACUCAGACAACAAAUGAAAAGAACUGCUCUUUCAGUUCCUUCUCCUGAACCCAGUGCCCAUCUGCCUUCUCUAGUCCAUCUCGGCACUGCCAAAGCUGGGUUUUUGUUUUUGUUUUUUUCUAUCGGGAGUAAAUGGAAUCCAGGUCUUCCCAAAGUAGACCAUACUGUCUUGAACCUCCCCAGGUACACAAAUCAAUGGUCAUCCUUGCUCCAAAGAUGCUUCACACAGACCUGUAAUUUAGAUCAGUAACCUCCAAAAAAGCAGAAAGGAUUCCUUUUCUCUACUUUGUUUGGGAAGAGGAACUGAUCACAGGUCAUUAAAUAAGAGGAGGACAAGUUGGUACAAGGAUGGUGAAAUUGGGAACUAAGCUGCCACAUUUCCAGAAUCUUAGUUUCGGUCUUCAUCCUCUCCUGGCCUUUUUCAGAUUUUCUAUAUGCUUUUACCUGUCUCUUCCACUCACCAACCCUCCUCAAACUUCUCACCUUUCCAUCACCCUUUGCUCUGCCUCCAAAAAUGAAAACAAUUCAGAUGGCAAAACAGUAUGGUCUGCUUUUAAUUGAAAAUCUCUUGUGCUUGUAUAUGUUGGUGGGAAGAGUAUCCCUACUGUGGAUUAUCUCAGCUGAUAAAGGGAGAUGUUCUUUGUAGAUAUGGACUGUUUCCAGAUUUAACUGUAUAUGUGAAUAUGAAUAAGCAUACACAUGAAUAUGUAUAUGUAACAUUAUAAAUAUGUGUACGUAUUAUCCGUUAGCCUGAUGGGGAGGUUUUAUGUAGGUUAUUAAAAUGUCUGAGUUUAGGGGAGUGCGAAAAAUAGUUUGUUAAGUGUGCACAGCUGAGUAAUUGCUUUAUGUGAUUACUUUUGGUCUUUGUAUCGCUUCUCGGCCUUUUGGCUAAGAUCAAGUGUACUUUUGGUCUUUGUAACAAUCCUGGAGGUUGGAAAAGGAAAUGGCUUUAGGCCCCUUUUCCCAAAGACAAAACUGAGGCUGAGAGAGAUCAGAUGAUCUUUCCUUCUCUGUUCUGAAGUCUGAAAUUCUGUGUAAUGUUAAACUUCUAAGAACUUCAAUUAGUAGGCAUACUGAUAGAAUCUGUGUAAAGGUACUUAAAAACUAUCAGCAAUAGUUAUUUAUCCAAUAAAUAUUUACUGUAUCCCCUGUAUUCUUAUUUCAAAUCUUGUGACAACACAGAAGCCCAAAGAUUCCUCAGUUCUUUUUUUGUUUUUUUGUUUUUUUUUUUUAAGAUUUAAUUUAUUUAUUCAUGAGAGACACACCGAGAGAGAGAAAGAGAGAGAGAGAGAGAGAGAGAGAUAUUGAGGCAGAGGGAGAAGCAGACUCCAUUCAGGGAGCCCGAUGUGGGACUCAGUCCCAGGACCCCAGGAUCAUGCCCUGAGCCAAAGGCAGACACUCAACUGUUGAGCCACCCAGGCGUCCCAAGAUUCCUAAGUUCUGAUAAUUGUUCAUUGUUUUUGUUUUUUUUAAGAUUUUAUUUAUCCUUGAGGGACACAAAGAGAGAGGCAGAGACAUAGGCAGAGGGAGAAUCAGGCUCCAUGCAGGGAGCCCCACGUGGGACUUGAUCCCAGGACCCCAGGAUCAUGCCCUGAACUGAGCCACCCAGGCAUCCCUCAGUGUCUGUUUGUAAUGGUAUACUCCUUUCCAUUUGUUCACACUAUGAAAUCCUGUGGUCUUUGGUCUUCCUCCCCCACCCCCACCCCCACCCCCUCACCCCCAGGAUACUCUUCUGUUUUUAGAAAUUACAUACUCAUGGGACACCUGGGUAGCUCAGUUAGUUAAGCAUCUGAAUCAUGAUUUCAGUUCAGGUCAUGAUCUCAUGGGUUGUGAAACUGAGCCCCAAAUCAGGCGCCACAUUCAGCAGGGAGUCUACUUGAGUCUCUCCCUCCCUCUCCCUCUGCCCUGGCCCUGCUCACUUUCUGUCUCUCUCUAAAACAAAUAAAUCGGGGGAUCCCUGGGUGGCGCAGUGGUUUGGCGCCUGCCUUUGGCCCAGGGCGCGAUCCUGGAGACCCGGGAUCGAGUCCCACGUCGGGCUCCCGGUGCAUGGAGCCUGCUUCUCCCUCUGCCUGUGUCUCUGCCUCUCUCUCUCUCACUGUGU